UAACUCCAUUUACUAGCCAUAAAAAAAACUUAAAUAAAAAAUAGGAAAAUGAAAAAUCAAAUCCACGUGAUAUUCACGUGCAAAGCUAGAGGCUUAGCAACAGCAAAAAUCUAUUCGAACACAGAAACAGCUCAACUCAUAGAAGAGAAGAGAAGAGACAGAACAGAAGAGAGACUCAAACUCAACUCCAAAAAGCUUGAUAUUUUCAUCAAUGGCGAUUUCUUUCCUUCCUUCAACUUCCAUCAACGGAAAACUCAAGCUCAACCACCAUCAUCAACACCCCUAUUUUCUCCCUCCUCAGCCGCCUUCUCGCCGUCUUCCGCUGCACGUGGCGGCGUUUCAGCGCGGAGACUUCGAGUCCCUAAAAAGGCGCGUAUUAUCCGGCGAAGCUUGGAAGGAGGUUUGGCACUCCGCUAACGACGGCUUUGAGCAGCUUGUUUUCGACGCUAGGAAGGCCGCUGAGCGGUUCGACCGUCGCUACUCUGUCUCCCGUCGUCUUUCUUCUGCCGCUGAAGCUGCUUCUGUUCGUGUUCGUGAAUUGGACCGUGAGUUUGAAGUUACGCAAAAAUGGCGGAGUUUUUCUCUUGAUUUCUCUCGUAAUUUGCCUAGGUACAGGAAGCAGUUCAAUAGUUUUAUGGAUACUCCCCUUGGAAGGAGUUCUGCGACAAUCUUCUUCUUAUGGUUUGCUUUGUCUGGAUGGCUAUUUCGGUGUUUAAUAAUUGCCACUUGGGUACUGCCAAUUGCUGGUCCUCUUCUGAUCACUGCUGUUGCUAAUAACAUGACCGUAAAGGGUGCUUGCCCAGCAUGCAAAAGACAAUUUAUAGGUGUCAAGAACAGCGUAAUACGCUGUCAAGGUUGUGGUAACAUCGUCUGGCAGCCAAAGAGUGAUUUUUUCUCAAAGGGGGGUGACAAGGUAACCCGGUCAAAUUCUAACCCUGACAUUAUAGACGUUGAAUUUGAAGAGAAGUGAUGAAAACCGAUAUAUACUCAAUUCGGAUAUGAUAUGUUUAUUAGUUUUCUUCGGUAUGAACAAGCUGUGAAAAUGGGAGUGCAAAGAAGCUGGCGAAAGGAGAAAAUGUCGUAUCUAUUUAGGACGCUAAACACACUUAUGUUAUAUUCUGUAUCUCGAGUCUGAUUAAUCACAUUGAGAAGCAUAAUGCUGCUGUCUCCUUUUUUGGAUCAUGUUUCUAUGUUUAGAAAGCUGAUAGGCUGAUAUAUAAUAAUUUGUUCUGUUGGUGCAUUCAGUGCCCUGACUUUGCUGUUGUACAGUAAAAAAUCUCAUCUUACCUCUCAUGUAGAUAAUUUGGUUAAAGUUCUGUUCAUCUAAUGUGCUGAAUCUUCUGAUGUUA